GGGGGUUGAACGUCGUCACUUGUGCAUCCGAUGCAACCUGAUGUCGAACACUCGGUGGCCGACGCGCUCGACGUCCAGGAGUACUCGUCGAUCCACACGACGGUGCUGCCGAGCGGCCUUUGCGUCGAGUAUGCCUUGCAUGGACACCCCGAUGCACCAGAGAAACUUGUGCUUGUCAUGGGACUCGCGGCGGAAAAGGAGGCAUGGUCGGCGUUCGUGACUGCAUUCUUCCGUGUGUCUGGCAACCUCGAACGGUAUCAAAUCGUUGCCAUGGACAACCGCGGAGUUGGAGGCACGGAUGCACCCAACGAGUGGAUGUACUCCACUUCAAGCAUGGCGCAGGACGUGUUGAUGCUCACGGAGCACUUGCAGUGGCCCUCGUUUCAUCUUGCCGGCGUCAGCAUGGGCGGCAUGAUCUCCCAGGAGCUCGCACACGCGGCCCCGAGUCGCGUCCUUUCGCUGACGUUGCUGGUGUCGUCGCCUGGAUUCCGAGAAGCGCCUUGGCCAGGAUGGGCUCAAAUUUCAGCCUACCUGUCCUUGAUCGGCAACUUAUUCAAGCGAACGCUGCAUGCACGCACAAUGACCAUGCUGCGUGUGCUGUACCCUGUCGAGUACUUGGAGAACCCUACGGUGGCGUCGUCGUUGUACACAAUCCAUUCCUCUCGGCUCAAGGCGUCUCGCCUUCGACUCCGAGGACUCCUUGGGCAAUACGCCGCAGUUCUCGGUCAUCGCAUGACUCGUCAACGCCUUGGAGAGAUCAAAGCUGCCAGCAUUCCUGUGCUCAUCAUAGGUGGAGGGAAGGAUCGGUUGUUGCCAUCGUCGCACUCGUCGACCCUGGGGCUACGACUACAUGGAACGCAUACCACGACCGUCGUGAUCGCGGAAUCGGGACAUGGCAUAUUCGCGCAGUAUCGGACGGACGUCGUCGGUGCGCUCAUGAGGCAUAUCUGUCGUUGUGAUUGGUCGGUAAUCGAAAAUGAACCAAGUUGAAGUGUGA